GAAACAUAAAAUUGGAAGAACAGAAUCCUAACCUUGAAACCUGUAACAACAGCUUAACAGAAGAAGACACAACAAGAGAAACAAAACGAAACCAUAAAUCCUUGUCCAAACUCUUCAGAGAAGUAUCAUCGAGAAAAAAAACGAGACAUAUCUAAUCAUUGAAUUUUUAAGAGUGAUUGGUUAAAUCAAAAAGAAAGUUAUGGAGGAAACGCAGCCGUUGUUGAUAGCGUCGUUGCCCGAGGCACCAAGAAAGCCCAAGUCAAAAGUACAAAAAAUGGCGAGGAAAGCAUUUAAAGGAACAGCCCAUCUCUCAAAUCUGCUCCCGACCGGUUCGGUAAUGGGUUUUCAAAUAAUGUGUCCGGUCCUAUCUCAUCAGGGUCAGUGUCCAACCAUCGCCAGUCGCUGGCUCACCUGCUUCCUCGUCUUCGUCUGCGCCCUCUCUUGCUUCCUCCUUUCCUUCACCGACUCCUUCAGAGAUCCACGCGGCAAGGUCAGGUACGGCUUGGCAACUCGGAGUGGUUUAUGCGUGAUGGAAGGAACGAUCACUCUAACGGAGGAAGAGAAGGAUAAGUAUAAGCUCAGGUUUCUUGACUUUGUGCACGCGUUCAUGUCCAUGCUCGUCUUCUUCGCAAUCUCCAUGAUUGAUCAGAACGUGAUCCGUUGUUUAUUCCCUGUUCCUUCCGAAGAUAUCAAGGAGCUCCUUACGAGUUUGCCUAUCAUCAUCGGCGUUAUUUGCGGUGGCUUCUUCCUCGUGUGCCCCACUCGCCGUCACGGCAUUGGCUCUCCACUAACCAAAGAAUAAUAAUUCCAUUAAAAAUACAAAAGAGACUUUCAUGUUCAUUUUUUUGUAUCAAAUCUUGAAAGAAUACUUGAAAAUUUUCUGUUAUUACCAAAAAUCCAACUUGAAUCACAAAUAUUACAAGA